GGACUUGGAUCACAACCAUAUAGAACGAAUACCAGCCAAUUCUAUCAAACUUUCUGUACAGCAAAUGACUAUAAAUUUCAAUCAACUCACCACAGUAGAAGAUUAUUCUUUUAAUGGGUCUCAAAUAUCUGAAUUGUAUAUGCACUCAAAUCGUAAACUGCAUAAUUUGGGAGAGAAUGCUUUCAAAGGAAUGAGCAGUUUGAGGCUACUUGAUUUAUCACAUACUUCGGUAAAAAGUCUUCCUGUGGCUGGGCUAGAGGAACUAGAAACUUUAAAAUUAGAGGGAACCCGCAAGCUGGAAACCAUUCCUAGUAUUUACGAUCUUGGGAACUUAAGGGAAGCGAGAUUGACCCAUUCCUUUCACUGCUGUGCCUUCAAAUAUCCAGCUCAACACAAUCCUGAGAAACAUGCCCUAUUCGAACAAAAUAUGAGGAAUACUUGCAAGCUCCUGGAGAAAUCCAGAACUCAGGGAGUUACGAGAAGAAAAAGGCAUAUACAAAUAACAGAGCUCAAUAAUCUUUCAAAAAAUUCAUCAAAACAAUCAACUGAGAAAAAACUGUUUAUGCAUUCGACGUAUUCAACCGCCCUUCAACAAGAUGAUGAAUUGUGGGUUCCUCUGAGAGGAAAACCUAUUGAUCACGAAAAUAGUCGAGUCUAUGACUAUGACGAUAGUAAUGAUGAAGAAGAAGUCGAUGAUGAUGAUGGUUUUUUUCAUUCUGGAGCUGCCCAAAUAAAUGAUAGUCAGUUGGAUGCCUACUGUGGAAAUAUUAUAUUUCGAAUACCAGAAGUGGACUGUUUUCCAGAACCGAAUGCCUUGAAUCCUUGCGAGGACAUAAUGGGCUCCUCCUGGUUGAGAAUAUCAGUGUGGUUUGUUCUGGUCCUUGCGAUCUUUGGCAACCUAGCUGUUAUUAUAGUGGUUUUCUUCAGCGGUUCGGAAAUAACUGUUUCUAGAUUUCUCAUAUGUAAUCUGGCAUUGGCAGAUUUUUGCAUGGGAUUAUAUUUAUUGCUCAUUGCGUCCAUGGAUUAUCAUUCGAUUGGAACUUAUUUUAACUUCGCCUUCACCUGGCAGUAUGGGGUUGGCUGUCAGAUUGCUGGAUUCUUGACCCUGUUUGCUAGCCACCUUUCAGUCUACACUCUAACGAUUGUAACGUUGGAAAGAUGGUUCGCUAUAACGUUUGCGAUUCAUCUAACCAAGAGAAUCACUCUACGAUCUGCCAUGUAUAUUCUUCUUGGAGGAUGGAUCUUCUCUAUAGUGAUUGCAGCUCUUCCCGUAGUUGGUGUCAGUAAUUACAGUAGCACAAGUAUUUGUCUGCCAAUGGAAAGCAACGAAGUGAUUGACCAAGCAUACCUUUUCACCGUCUUCAUCAUAAACGGAUUGGCAUUUGCUUUGAUCGUUUUCUGCUACGUCCAAAUCUACCUAAGUCUCGGCUAUGAAACCCGCCGAGCUAGCACCAAGGGGGAAAUGACGAUUGCCAAAAAGAUGGCUCUCCUUAUACUGGUCGAUUUUGCAACAGUUGCACCUAUAGCGUUCUUCGCUCUGACAGCACUGGCGGGGUAUCCUCUGAUUGGCGUCACUGAAUCGAAGAUCCUUUUGGUAUUUUUCUAUCCUUUGAAUGCUUGCGCUAAUCCGUAUUUAUAUGCCUUGAUGACCUCUCAAUACAGAAGAGAUUUGAAGAUGCUUGUUUCUAGGUGUAGAUUUUGGAAAAGUAGUCCAAAGCCUCAUAAGGUGACUGUCGUUUUGCCCUUAUCAAAUCCACUUCAGUCAACUUUCGUGUCGCAGACUCAUUCAAAUGGUAAUUGCGGAAAACAUAUAGGAGAUGCGAAAGCAGAAUCCUCGUUUGUAUAAUCUCGAAAAUUUGAUGACGAGAAGUUUAACAAAACUGUGAUUUGAGUCUCAAUCCAAAGAACAUUUUGAAAAUGGUACUAAGGAUUACUCAGUGUAAACAGACAAGUAAAUAAUUAGGGUCAAAAACACAUGAAUUUGGUAGAUACAUCCAUUAGUUUUGUAGAUAUACAUAUGUGACAAAUUAUUCAGAAGAAACGUAUUUUACUAUUAUCAAAUCUUAACAUUUAUGAAAUAUAAUAAGCGUCUUUCAUCUACAACAAACAAAAUGAUUCUGGAAUGUUGAGCUCUGGCUUUGAAAGUUAACAGUCUAUUCAUAUGUAUAGAGAGACACAGCAAAUGUAACAUCUCAAUUAAUGUAUAUGUCUUCGUUUCCACUUUAAUCUAUCUACAAACUUGCUCUUCACUUAUUGCUUUCAAAUUUUCACACUUACGAAUACCUAUAGACAAAAUGUGGUCGAAGCAGAUGUUGCCUCUAGUUGCUUUUAAAUCAAAUAGACA